GUUGUAAAUAUUUUGUACACUCUCAAUUUUUAUAAACUCUGAAUUGUUUAUUGAAAACUGAGCAUGGUUUUACAAAUAUCUGGGGAUUUUGAGUAGAAAUAGGGAUAUUUCUAUAAUAAUAUAGUUAGAUAGGUUUACCUGCGGGAUGAACCAAGUUGUGAAUAUUUGAAAUUAAACGUACCUUCGAUGGAACGUUAAAAGUUAAAAGUAUAUGUCGAAAGAGCAUAUAAAUUUUAAUUAUUAUUUUCCCAAGCGUAAAUAAGUGAUCAUUCUUUCCAAAUCAUGAAAGUAUGGAUUGAAGUUUUAUUAGAAUGGCUAAAUUGUUUGGAUGUAUCAGAAACGGAUAUUAAAGAUUUGAAAGAAUUGGAUAAUGGAACAAUUUACAAGAAACUAAUAAAGUCAUUUUCAUGGAGUGGUAAUGUUGAAGAUAAUAUAGAUACGGAAAAUAUUAUAUUAAAAUUCUUACAAGAUGAAUAUCCGAAGUACAAAUUCGACGAUAAAAUUUUGGGAGAAAUGGAACACAUUUAUGUUGCAUCUUUAUUUUUACUACGAGUAUCUCAGGAACCAUUAUUUUAUCACCCAAUGUGUAUUAAUUUGCAACAUGAAACACAGCUCAAAAUUAAAUCAUUUCUUGAAAUGACUAUUCCCCAUGGAAAAAAUAUAGAUAGAGAAAUAUUAAAAGAAAUAAUUGUUGAAAUAGAGAUUGCUGCACUAAAAGUACCUCUUACACCUAAGACAAAAACUCUUAAGGACUUCUUUAAUUCUCCUGCAACAUGGUCUGCUCAAAGUCAUAAACUAUUGAAUGAAAGAAACAGAGAAUUAAGAAUAUUGAAGAGUGAACUAGAAGUAGAAAGAUUUGAAAAAGUUGAUUUACAGGAAGAUCUACGAAUUCAACAAAAUAAAAUACAAAAUUUGCAAAAAAAAUUACAAGAAAAGAUUGUAGAAAUAAAAGCUUUAAAAGAAGAGAAGAUGAAACCAACUACUCCACAAUCUUGCAAAAAAAAUAAGAAUACAAUAGACUAUGAGCAAUAUUAUAAGAAAGAGAUAGAUCAUUUAGAAGAUCAAUUAAUCCAGAAACAAUGUAACAUAGAUAAACUUGAAGCAGAUAAUGAUACAUUGACAAAAAAAUUGACAUCUAUACAAACACAAUGUAUGUAUUUUAAAGAAAAAGUAGAAAAUUGUGAAAAGUCUUUAGAAAACUUGCAGAUUCAGGGAGAAAUUAAAGAUAGGGAAUUGGUAAAUUUAAGAAUGACUAAUGAGGAGUUACGCACUCAUUUAAAAGAAUUUUGUAAAACAGCAGUUGAAGAACAAAGUUUUGAAAUUGACGGUAUAGCACCUUUACAGUCACCUUCAGUAUCUUUAAAUACCAGCGAAGUUUUAAGUUCUGUAAUUGAUAUUCAAUUACAAGAAGCAAAACAAGAGUCUGCUUUACUAAAAGUACAACUUGAUGCUACAAAUGAAAAACUACAAUCUGUAAACCAAGAAUAUGAAGAUACAAUACAAUUGUUGGAAAAAAAGACACAAACAUUACAAAAUACGGAAACGAAAUUGAAUGCAACUGUAAAUGAAUUAACUAAACAAAUUGAAAUUUUACAAGAAGAAAAAGCAUCUCUAAUGAAUCAAAAUAAAAAUUUAGAUAUGUUAUGUAUGUCUCAAAAAGAAUCCUUAUCACAUAUUGAAAAAUCCAAAAACGAGUUAAUUACUGAAAAAAAUUCUUUGAUAGAAAAAGUUGAAGACUUGGAGGAAUCUUUAAAUAAAAAAAAUAUAAAUAAUGUCAUAUUAAACACUGAACUUACUGAAGUCAAAUCACAAAUAUCUGAAAAUCUUAAAUAUAUUCAGGAAUUAAGAAAUCAAAAUAACUUGUAUAAAGAUUCUGCUGAUCUGUAUAAUAUAAAUUUAAAAGAAAUUAUAUCGGAUAAUAUAGAUUAUAUAGAAAAUAAUUUAGAAAACAAAACAAUUGCUGAACUUAUAGAACAUAUACGAAUAAUAUUAUCUAACUUUAAUAAGAAAUAUACUUUGAAGCAACUAGAAACCGAAUUAUUAAACAAUGAUAUGAAUGAAGCGAAAUUGAAGCUUGAAAAUUUUCAGUUACAAAUAUCUAAAUUAGAACGAAAGGAUGAGCAGAAUAAUACAGAGAUAUCAAAGUUGAAGGAAACUAUCAGAGAAAGUAUGAUCAAAAUUAAUGAGCUCACUAUCUCUAUAGAAAAAUAUACUGAAGAAAUUUCAUAUUUAAAACAAAUUAAAGUUCAAAAACAAGCUUUAGAAAAAGAUUUGCACAUAUAUAAAGAAAAAAUAAAUAAGAAAGAUUCGUUAUUGCAAGCUUCUUCAAAAUGUAUGGAAAUGUUCAGGAAAAAUAUUCAAACUCUUGAAACGGAAUUUUAUUUAAUGAAAAAAGAUAUAUUAAAUCAAAUAAACGAAUAUCAAAAAUAUAAUAAAGAAACUAGUGAAAGUAUUUUGAACACUUAUAAAAUAUUAUACAUUAAUUACACUAAAGAACAACUUUGUAAGAAUCAAUUGGAAAAUGAACUUACUGAUAAUAAAAAGAAAUUAAAGGAUAAUUUAAAUUUUAAUGUUACAUUAGAAAAUGAUUUAAUAAAAUGUAAGGAAAGGAUGAAUGAUUUGGAAGCAGAAUUAAUUUAUACUAAACAAAAAUUAACAGAAUCUACAGAAAAAUUGAAAAAAUUUGAAGAAACACAGCAAGUAUUUCAAAAACAACAUAAGGAUCUUAAAUCUGAAAAUGAAAAAAUUCUUCUUGAUUUAAAUGUUGUAAAUGAUAAUUUUAAAAAAUCUCAGCGAGAAGUAUGUAAUAUAUUAGAUGAAUUAAAAUUUAAAAAUAAGAAAAUUGAAGAUUUAUUUGAAGAAAUAACUUCUUUAAAAUUAGAAAAAGAACACAUAAUACAUUUACAAACAGGAGGAGAAAUUAAAAUGAAAAAUUUUAUAAAAGAACUAGAAACAAAAUUGUUAGAAAAACAACAUUACUCAGAUCAACUAAAUAUAGAAGUAAAAUUAAAACAAGAAAGACUGGAGUUUGUACAGAAUAAAUUUGAAAAAUUAUCAAGAGAAACAAUUGCUUCUGAAAUGAAACUGAAAGAAGUAAUUAUAAAUCUGCAAGAAGUAAGAACUAAUCAAGAUGCAGUUCUAAAAACACAAGAGAAAGCUUUAAAAGAAAAAUGUUUACAGCUAGAACAGUUACAGAAAAAAUUUAAUAAAUCUAAAGAAGUACUUUGUAAACAACUUCAAAACAAAAAAUUAUUAUGUCAGAAUUUGCAAAGUACAAAUUGUAAAUUAGAAACAGAAUCUUGUAAACAAACAAAAACUAUAGAAGAAUUACAACAAAUGUUAAAGGAAGAAAAAAAUGAACUUAAUAAAAGUAAGGAAUAUUGUAAAGCUGAAGAUAUGAAAAAAUUAGAAAUUAUACAAACUUGUGAGAAAUUACAACAUUCAGUAAAUGAUUUAAAAUCAACAAUUGCAGAAAUAAGUACAAAGAAUGCAAAUACUUACAUUGAUAGUACAUAUAAUAUACAAAAUAUAAAUAAUGAUGAUGCAAUUGAAAAUGUUUUAAAAACAAUAAGAGCAUCGAUUAAUGAAAUACAGAUAUCACGUAAAUUAAUUUUACAACUUUCAAAUGAAAACGCAAACUUAAGUGAAAGUCUUAAAAAUCAAAAAACAAUUGAAGAUAAUUAUGUUGCAAAAUGCGAAGAAAUAAAAUUAUUAAAAAUUAAAAUACAAGAACUAAAUAAUUUAUAUAAAGAUCGCGUAAAAAAUAUAAAUAUGCUUAUCAAGCAUAAGGAAUCAUUAAAAGAUUAUUUAAAGAAUAUUAUAAAGUCAAGAGAAGAUUUAGAUACAUCUUUAAAUAGAUUAACACAAAAAUGGGAUAAUUUAUUAACAAGUUCUUAUAGUAUUCUUAUGAUGGAUAAAUCUGUGUGUGAUGAAUUAAAGCAUAUACAAACCAAAAAAACAUAUUUAGAAAAAGCAUUAUUUAAGCACCAUAUUCAUUAUUUUCAAAAUAUAAAAUCUUUACAAAAUAUUUUAUGGGAACAAUUUUCUUGGUCUGAACAAAAAAUAAAAGAUAUUCGGUUGGAAGAAAAAGAUAAACAAAUAUUAGAUAUUUCUUCAGAUGUCUUUUUUGAUCAAAAAAUAGUAAUUGAAACAGAAUUUCAUAAAAAUAAAAUAUUACAUGAAAAUAUUAUUCAAUUACAGAGUGAAAUUGAUGAUUUUUUAAAAUUAGUUAUUUCUUUUGAAAAUGAUUUUAAAUGUGAUGAAACAAAAUUCCAAUCUGAAGCAGAAAAAAAGUUACAAUUGCAAAUUAAUGAAUUGAUAGAAGAUAAGAAUAACUUAGAAAGUGAAUUAGACUGCGCACGCAUAAAAAAUGUAAAAUUGGAAAAUGAUGUUGGUGAAUUAAGCACUAAAAUGCAAGAAAUAAAAAUAACAUCAUUAAAAGAAGUAGAAAAUUUAAAGAAGGAGUUAACACAAUUAAAAGAAGAAAAUUCAGAGCUACAAAAAGAAAGGGAUGAAUUAAGCAAACGACCAAAAAAAGAGGAUGUUGAUAAACAAUUAAAAGAUAUUUAUGAUAAAUAUAAAAUUAAAAUAGAUGAAAUUAAACAAAAUAUGAAAACAGCAUAUAAUGAACAAAUAACAAAGCUAAACAGAGAACAAGAACAGUGCGUACAAGAAACAUUAGAGUCAUUACAAAAGAAAAUGGAAUUACAAUGUCGUAAACAGGCAGAUGAAUUAAGUAAAUAUAAGACACAUGUUGCUAACAUGAGUUCUCAACUUUGGACUGUUGGAGAAAAAUUGUUAAGUGAAAAACAAGAAAAAGAAAAGUUACAGAAGGAAUUAACUGAAUUGAAAGCUAAAUAUCAAAAUUUAGAUAAAAAAAUAAUUUCUUUAAUAGAACAUAAAAGUGCUAAAUGUGAGAAAAAGGAAGCAUUAGAAGAAAAUAAAGAUGUUUUACAUAAAAUUGCAGUAAUCCAAGAAAAGGCAACAUACGAAAGAAGAUAUAGUAUUAGGAAUAUACAAACAAUGGGCAAUGCAUUUAAUGUAGAAGAUGAAGAAGGAGAAGUGUUUGAUAAUAUUUAUUUAGCUGACAUGAAAGAUGAUAAUUUCUCAAUGAGCAUUGAUACAGAUAGAUUAUCUAUUUUGAAAAAAAGGAAUGCUCUUUGCAAACCUCAUUUGAAAUCAUCUUAUCCUGCUGAAAUGCAAUUUCAUCCUUUGUCAUUUACAGAAGAAGAAAUUAAAGCAGGUUCAGUUACAGAUGAAAUAUUUAAUGACAGUUUGAGUCAAAGUUUACUUCCUGAACAAAAACCUAAGAAAAAGGAUAGAACUCAGACUUCAUAUAAAAAACCUGGUCCUCCAACUCCUAGUAAAAAUGGAGGAAGAUUAUCAUUACAGGGUAAUGAACUAAGAAGUCCAAGUUCAAGAAUAUUAAGAGAAAAGAACAAAGAGAGGGCAACAACUACACCACGUACAUUAAGAAAUUUAUUCCUUUCACGAGGCCAAGAUGAAAAAGUUAUUGUUACACCAAGAGGUCGUAGAAGAAGUAGUAUUUUUCGUAAACAUCGUAACGCAAAUGAUAGGUGAAAAUACAUACAUACAUAAUAUAAAAUGUGUUUAAUAAUAAUAAUUAUUAUUAUUAUUGUAAAAAACAAAUGUAUUUUUUUUAAGCGUUUCACAUCAGAUUAUAUAAUAA